CUCUGAAAUUGACCAAUCAAGAUUAGUUUGCCAGAAAAUCUCAUCUGUUUCAAUAUGGCUGAAAUUCAGAAACGAUUGCAGAGUGAUAUAGAAAAAUAUGACGGAUUCCAGAAAGAUUUGCAGAAACAUAUUUCACAAAGACAACAACUUGAAGGACAGUUGACAGAAAACACUUUAGUUAAAGAGGAGCUUGACAGAUUAGAAAAAGAUGCCAGUGUAUAUAAAAUGAUUGGACCUGUUCUGGUCAAACAAAAUUUAGAUGAGUCCAAGUCAAAUGUACAGAAAAGAAUAGACUAUAUUGCUGAUCUUGUAAAAAGACAUGAAGAAUCAAUAAAAGAUUUAGAGAAGAAACAAGACACCUGUAAAGAAGGCAUUACUAAAUUACAGCAACAGUUUCAGCAAGCUCAAGUCAAGGCUGCUGCUGCUAAAUAAACUCUGUAUCAGGCUUUUGUAAAAUAAGAUCCAUAAACAUUGAUUAAAAUUCUCUGAUCUGA